AUGGGACGGGAUCGGGAAGCUUUUUUGGCUCUCGUACUGGCCAACAGAGUCUUGGCUGUCUCUGUCGUCGCAGGAGCUUUCCUCAUUCUCACAUGUCUCUAUCUGAUCCGGAAUAUCUACUUCCACCCUCUGAGCAAGCACCCCGGACCCAAGCUCUGGGCAGCGACCCGCUUGCCGUGGUGCUGGAACCAGUACCGCGGUGAUUUGAAUCGCCGUCUCGACCAAAUCCACAAGCAGUACGGGCCGGUUGCGAGGGUAGCUCCGGAUGAGAUAUCGUACAUCUCAGCCACCGCCUGGAAGACGAUUUAUGGUCAGAGGUCUGUCGAGAUGUCAAAAGAUGCCAACUUCUCGCUCCUCACGCCUUCGGGAGUUCAAAACAUCCUCACAGCAGACCGCAAGACUCACACACGCCAACGACGCCUGUUGUCACACGCCUUUUCGGACAAGGCACUGCGGGAACAGGAACCCAUCUUGCAGACCUACUGCACGAAGCUGUGUGCCGAGCUGGAGGAGCGAUGCCGCAGCGGCCCCGUCGAUCUCCUGGACUGGUAUACGUUUGCCACGUUUGAUCUUGUGGGCGACCUUGCGUUUGGGCAGAGUUUUGGAUGUCUCGAGGCCGGCGCGGCCUCGCCGUUUGUCGAGUCCAUCAAGACGGGCUCCCAGGAGCUCACGGUGAACCAGAUGCUGCGCUACUACCGCAUCAUGUUUCUGCGCCCUCUGUCCGCUCUCCUGGGGCCAUCUUCCACGGGAGGCUCGCGAGCAGCGAACAUGCGGCGCGCUGCAGAAACCGUUCGCGCCCGUCUCGCUCGAGGCCCGACGGCGGACCGCAAGGACAUCUGGCACCACGUCCUGAGCCACAUCGCCGAGCACGAGAGCGGCGUCCACGACGCAAAAAGCACCAUGUCGGACGCGGAAAUGUACGCCAACGCGUUCUCCAUCAGCAUCGCCGGGUCCGAAGGCACCGCAACGGCGCUGUCCGGCACCACGUUCCUCCUCCUGCGACAUCCAGAUGCCCAUCAGAGACUCGUCCGAGAGAUACGCGGCACUUUCGCCGCCGAGUCGGACAUCAAGCUGUCCAGCAUGGCUGGCAAGCUCCCCUUCCUGGACGCCGUCCUGAACGAGUCGAUGCGUCUGUACCCGCCCGUCGCCAUUACUCUCCCGCGCCGUGUGCCCGCCCACGGGGAGAUUAUCGACGGACGCUUCGUGCCCGCCGGGUACACCGUUGGUGUCAAUCAUCUGGCGUGCUACCGGUCCGACUCUAACUUCGAGGACGCCGGCGCCUUUCGACCGGAGCGGUGGCUCGACGGGGGCGGCGGCAGCGAUGCCACCGAAUCGUUCAAGCCUUUCUCUCACGGUCCACGGGCCUGUCUCGGGAGGAACCUGGCCUGGGCCGAGCUCAGGCUCAUUCUGGGACGCAUGCUCUGGCGGUUUGACAUUGAGCUUGUCGAAACGAGCGCGAGUGUGGGCUGGCUGAACGGCCAGAAGAUAUGGGGGUUUUGGGCCAAGCCUCCUCUUCUCUGUAGGCUCGUGCCGGCACGGGAUGGGGUCGAAGGCUGA